AUGGCAAAUAGUUCAGAAGGUGUUAAAAGAGGAUGGAAACUAAUCUUGCAGAGAUUUGUUUGGGAAUAUAAAGUUAGUAGAGCUAUAAAUAGAAUCACAUUUUCUUUUGAUGAAUUUGAGCAGACAAAUCACUUUAACUGUUCUUGGAUUAUUCCACAAUGGUUUUUGAUUUACCUGAGGCUAGUUGUUUUUUUAUAUCUACUUAUUAUGCUUGGAUUGGAUGUUUCUAAUUAUUAUAACCUAGGGUAUGCUAUGUAUUGGGGAGUGUAUGUUACAAAUUGGACAUACGCAGUCACUAUUAUUUACUAUUUUUUCGCAACAACUUCAACUAUAUAUUCAUAUGCAAAUAACUCUAUUGGAAGAAAAAAAUACAUUAAGUCUUUGGAACUUACAAAUAGUCCAUCUAUUGGCGGAAGGAUUCAUUUGAGACUUGAUGGGAAUGAUAUCAGCCACCAAAUCAAUAGGCCUCGUGGUUCAAUAAUGAAUGUUUUGGAUCGAAAAUUUGAUCAUAUUGACUAUUCAAAACACAAGGAACAAGUUGUUGUGUCAGACCAUACAACAAAUGGAUACUCAAGUAGCCCAAAAAAUAUACAAAUUAGUGAAGUUCAAAUGGUUGACUUGAAUCUCGAAAACAGUAACAAUAGCAAUAGGAAUAAGGAGGCUUCUUAUGGCCAUGCAAGCAUUGUUUCAAUUUCUACAAAUUUUGAAUCUCCAAAUAACUUGAACAAGAAUGCAAUCAAUGAUAAAAGUGAACAUAAAAAUGAAGUAAAUGAAUAUAUUUUACCCAAAAAAACCAAAAACAUUUUUAAAAGAUAUUUCAACCAUUUACAGUCCCAUAUGUUUAUUAUCAAAUAUUGUAAAGAAACAGAUAGACCCCAUUUUGCCGAUGAAAUUAACCAAAGAAUGGAUAAUACUACAACAAAUAUUAAUUUACCGUUAUUAAUUAGACUUAUGUGGGUAUUCCAUGCAAUUGCAUUUCCAGCAUCUUUCAUUGUUUCUAUUGUUUACUGGUCAAUGAGCAUAAUAUCUCCAGUUGGAGUUGAUGGAUUCUCUUUCUUAACAUUUAAUAAGCAUGGACUAACUGCAGUUUUGCUUUCACUAGAUACAUAUUUCACCACAAUUCCAUUCUUUAUUUCUCAAGCAUUCUACUCAUUCCUUUACUGUGUUAUAUACAUGAUUUUUACGAUAGUGUAUUAUAUACUAAAAUUACCAAAUCCACAAUCUCAAGACGAUCUAGGCUUCAUUUACUCUGCAAUCAAUUUUGCAGACCCUGCAGUUUCUGUUCCAUGUAGUAUCGGAAUUUUCCUUUUAUUAUUUGUUACCGCAAAUAUCUUAUGGUUCUUUGUCGGAUUUUCAAGAAAUCAUAUCAUAGAUCCUCUUCCUAGCGAUGACGUCAGUUCUAAAGAGUUCAGAGUCAAUCAUUACGUGUGA